CCCACAAAAAAGCUCCCCAAAACCAGGUAACCUCCCUCUGCCCCAGACGGAAACGGUCACGUUCACGUUCACAAGGUCCGUGCGCUCCCAUGGCAGCGCCCGCGACGAACCUCCGGCGCUCGGAGCUGUGCGCGGCGGCGGUGUCGGCCGCCGACGCGGCGUCGUGGUGGUGCGCGGUGGCGCUCGUCGCGCUCGUGCUGGUGGGCGCGCUCAGCGCCGAGACCGCGGACGACGGCGAGGUGUUCCGUGGCCCGCGGCUCGGCGGCGGCGCGGCGCGGCCGUGCGACGAGGUGUACCUGGUCGGGGAAGACGAGACGCUGCACAGCAUCAGCGACAAGUGCGGCGACCCGUUCAUCGUGGAGCGGAACCCGCACGUGCACGACCCCGACGACGUCUUCCCGGGGCUCGUCCUCGCGCUCAGGCCUACCAAGAACACCUAGCUUCUAGCCGUCUGGUCCGGCGCGCGUGGAUGAGCAAGAACUCGAAGAGUUCUAUUCUCCCUGCUUCUUUUCGUUGGUUGGUUAGUUUGCUCCUUGUCAACUGCUCAUAUCGAUGUUGUUUCUUCAUGAAAAGGAGAAGAAAAUGGUAAGUUGUAUAUACUGAUCAUAAAAGAACCAAUCGAAGCAUAGUUCAGUGAGCCGGCUCUAGUUCCUCUAAUUUCAUAUUGUCGGUCGCA